ACGAAAUGUGCACCAAGCACCAUCAGAAUCACGUGAUUGUUUUGGAUUGUUUCAAGUUUUUCAAAUUCAUGAUUAAUAUCGUGAUUAAAGAUUAAAGAUGUUAUUGAAAAAUUUUACCAGUACAUUCAAUUCCGUACGAUCAUUUCAUCUGGCAUCAAUAUAUCAUGCUCGAGAUAUUAAACCAUGGAAUGUUGGCAUCGAAGGUGAAUGGCGAAAAGCUAGAGCAAAAAAAGUUUUGAAAAUAGAACUACCUGAUUUUGAGCGAAUCCAAUCUGAUACUAAAUUGACGCCGGAAGAAUAUGUUUCACGGUUGAAAGAAAAAGGCAUCGCUCCACCAAAAAAGUAUAAAGAAAAACCCAUAGUUGUUACAACCACACAAGGUGUACUCGAUCCAUAUGUUCCACCUGAAGGUGAUGGUAAAUUCUCUGUACUUUCCAAAACGGGAGUAACACAGAAAGCCACACAUGUUAAGCAAAAAACUUCAUCAUUUAUGGCCUUACGUAAAAUUAAAUCCUAUGAAGAUAAUUUCGAUUUGCCUACAUUUGCUGAAGAAGCUCAGGACAUCUACAUCAAAGCUCAUGAGUUAUUAGCAUCGAAUGAAAAGGAAAAACUUUUAGAUUAUGUCACUGAAUUUGCUUAUCCGAUAAUGACAUUUCAACGAGAUUUGAAAACAAUCAAAUGGAGUUUUAUCAAAUCUAAUGAUAUACCAGAUGUAAUACAGAUCAGAACGCAAUCAUUGAUCGAAAAAACAAACAUGUUUGCCCAGAUUACUUUGAGACUGAAUACCAGACAAAUUUUAGCCAUUUACGAUCGUUUUGGCCAUCUAAUGUAUGGUAGUGAUGCUAUAGUCAAAGAUGUUCUUGAAUAUGUUGUUUUCGAAAAAAAUAUCUCCGAUUAUAAUGGCCGUUGGCGUUUACAUGCUAAAAUUAUACCAGAUUGGAUGCCACCAAAAGAUCCCAUACUUAAAACAUUUAUACGAGAUCCGGUUCCGGAACCGCCUACUGAAGAAGAAUUGCGUUUCGAACGUGAAGGUGUAAUUAGUGAUGAACACAAAGAUGAAACGAAAAAUCAACAAUCUACCACUUAGUUCCAUUUGUACUAAUAAUUCAUUGUAAAGAUGUUGAUCAAUUUUCAAAUGAAAAAAGGUCAAAAAACUUGAAUCUACGUAUUUGUAAUUGUGGAUUUUUAUAUUGUUAAAAAUAAAUUUGUAUUUGUAUUUAUAAAAUGAAAAAAAAAU